AUGCCAGGCCUCCUGGGGAGCACGGCCCUCGUGGGCUUGAUCGCAGGUGCUGCGGUGGCCCUGCUGCUGCUGUUGCUGCUUCUGGCCACCUGCCUGCACCGUGGGCAGCAGGAGCCUGACGUGGAGAGGGACCGUCCGGCUGCGCGGGGCAACCGGGUGCUGUGGGCUGGGCCCUGGCUCCUCCGGGGUCGGGGCCGGGGCCGGGGCCGGGGCCGGGGCCACGCGGGACGCCUUCACCAUCCCCAUCACCUGGGCCAUGUGGCUCACGUGGCCCGUGCCGGCUUCCACCACCACCACCUGUACCGGUCUCCACACCACCUCCACCACCACCACCACCACCACGCUCACCGAGGCCGCCGCUGA